CUCAUUUUCUUAACCUGAAUCGAACCAGACUUUAUAAAAUACACAAAGCUGUUUACUCCCAACCAUAAUAAUAUAUCAAAUAAAUAAAUAAAUAUCCCAUAAAUAAAUUUCUAAAUCCAAAACCACUAACCCAAUUGGAAAAGACUGGCAACACCCAAAAUAUCUAAAAUGGGCUGGCCCAGCGUCCGAAUAACCCAGGACCCAAACAACCCAACACUUCUGCCACAACAAUCUCUUCUCAAACCAUCGGAACGCACAGGUAACCCUCCGGCCACAACAAUCGAACUCAAAGCCACCGCAGAGACGAACCAAGAUGGUCAGCAACAACCAAGUGGGAUGGAUUUCGCUCGUUGAACGGCCGGAGACACAGAAAUCCGGCGGCUCUAAAUGGCUAGACCGGCUCCGAUCAUCCAAGGGCUUCCCACAUAGUGACUUCGUCAACCUCGAACACUUCUUGCUUCACCAUACUUCCACUUCGCUGAAUUCUCCGCCAAUUAACCCUGCUCUUCCGAGGUCGGAAGACAUCAGUUCCGAAUUGUGCUCGAAUGGAGCAGAAUUGGAGAAAGAACCGGUGCUUGAAGCUUCUGUCGAUGACAGAGGAACAAAAUUGGUCAAUGCUUUUAGCCAUGUCCUCUCUGAGCUUUUUAAUAUGGGAGAAUCGAGUAAUUAUGCAGCACAUAAAAAGGAGUCUCGAAAACAAUCGAACCCUAGGAUUUUCUCUGCUUUUACUUCGGUGGAAUUCAGUAAUGUUUCUGGCUCCAGGGAUGAACGAGGAAAACAAAGAAUAGCGUCACCCAUCAGCGAUGAUCAGACUAGAGUAGAAAUGAACGGCCAGGUGAAGCUACUGGAGCAAGGGCAGGAUUUAGUGGUGAGUGAGGAGAGGAUGGAUGCAAAUUUAUUGGGAUAUUCCAGGUGUGAGGUUACUGUGAUUGACACGAGCUGCGCGCCAUGGAAAUUUGAUAAAUUGUUGUUCAGAAAGAAGACUGUAUGGAAGGUUUGUGACAAGAGAACAAAUACACUAUAUCUAGGCAAGAAGAAGAAGAGGGAUGUAAGCGCAGAAGAUAACAAUGUUGGCGGAAUGAAGAAGCAAAACGUUUCAAUAGGAGAAGAAAGUAAAUUUCUAAACCUUGAAGGACUUCAACCACUGGAUAAACUUGAAGAUGCUUGUAAAAAGAAGUCAAACCCUGUUGGGUCUUCUCAAGAAAAGAACAUGGAUUUUGCACCAGAAUAAGCAAAUGUUGUUCUUAUUAAAAAGUAAAAACUUUCCCAAGUAAGAAGAUUGUUGGAAUGGGCAUCCCCUGUCAUCUGUCAGCAGACGAACAGAACCUAGGUUUGUUGUUAAAAAAUAUGGAGUAUCAUUUGCUUUUAUUUUGUUGUAACAUUCACAGUUACCUGGGAUUCGUUAUGUCGUACCGAUCCAUACAAAGAUAUCUCCAAUUCAUUUUACGUUGUUACAAAGAUAAAACAAAAUUACUUCCCCAUCCAACAUUUAAAUGCAUAUUAAGAGUUAAUGUUUAAUUAUGAUAAAAUUCUGAAUAUGAUAAAAAUUCAAUAUAUAAAAUCAGUUAUUAAAGAAGAGGGAAGUGCUCCUAUUCUUCUCAUUCCAUUUUAGCCCACGUCUUUCAUUCAUGCAACGAAAAGUUAAUACGUAGUCCUUUUUAUAUUCUACUUGAAAACCUCUUCUGUUUUCUGGUUCAUAAACGCGCUCACCAGUAUAGGCCACAAUAGAAUUGUUUGUAAUGGGUACAUAUGUAUUUCUGUAUAAUGGUAUACUUAUGCUUAGGCAUGGACCGGUUCUGGGGGGGUCCAAAUCGGGUUUUUUUGGUUGUGGGGAAAGGCCAGAAACCGGCCCAGGAUCCACCGGGACCAGACCGGGCCUAGGCGGGGUCGGGUUGUAUUUUUUUAAGUUGUUAUAAUUACUUCCAACCCCCCCCCCCCCUAAAACACCCAACCCAAUCCGCCUACCACAAAAAAAUUGAAAAACCAAAAAAAAAAAAAAUUGGGCCGGUUCCAAAGAGGUUUAGCCUGAGCCCGCCCCCGACAAUCUCCCUGAGCCGGUCCUAGGCCCGGAUCCGAUCCCGGUUAACUGGUCCAGGCCUGUCCCGCACAGUAGCGGGCUGGGCCGGUUCACGGGCCGGUCGGACCGGACCUGGGCCAUCCCUACUUAUGCUUAUUUUGUCUUGCAUCCUUAACUAUAUUUUUUUAGUGUUGUCUGAACGAAGUGUCACUAGUGGAAAUCUAUCAAUAUGCAGCAUGUCAUUUGCGGCGCUUUAAAAUUAAGCGCCUUCGAAUAAGGGGACGUGCGGCUAUUACUUAAAAAGCGCCUUUAAUUCCAUGCGGCGCCGCACGCUACAAAAUAAAUAAUACGUAGUAUUUUUUAAUUUUUUUAAAGCUCUGUGGCGCUUGUUUUAAUUUAUGUGCCGCAAUAUAUUUAUUAAAUUACUACGUCUUUUGAGUCGUCUACGUCUUUUAAAUUUAUAUUUGAAACAAGGCGGUGCCUAAAUAAUAAAGCGUCGCAACUGGCCUUGUAUAUUCGUCGAUCAGCAAUCGCUAAAAAGCAAGAAUACAGAUACGCCUAAACCCUACCCGUUGUUGGCGCUCUAACUGUCGAAGCACGAUCCCAUCGCCUACCACCGCGUCGGUGGUUUUUUGGAUCCCGGUCCGCCAACGCUGAUAUCUUCACCUCUUGUUGAACUUGGUUGUCUUGUCGCCUCCCGUCCAGCUGCCCCUCGCCCCUGCUGCGCCAACCCUCUUCUCUCCGGCGAUUUCUGCCUCUGUCAAGGAUUGGACCUCCCAGAACGGCGCCGAUGCUCACCAGUGUUGUCGCGCGUUCGUUCGUCGCCGCGGGCACUCACAGCUGAUGAAGAACCAACACCAAAUAAGCUUUUUAUGGGAACAAGUCUUAACUGUAAUCUCUUCAUAGGAACACCAUCCAAGACAUGCUUAGAAAAACUGGAGCAUCCUUGAAAUUCCAGCUAGCCAUUUGAGUUUAAAGGCAAGAGAACGUGAUUGCAUUAUGUUUUUUAUGCCUUUAUUUUGUUACAUUAGUAUGUAAUGCUUAUCUAAUGUAUUAAGAGAUUCCCAUAAGUUCACACGUUGAAGUUAUCUUUUUCUCAAAUUGUCAGCUUAAUAGUUUUAACUCAUAACCUUUUGUUUUUCUUUGAAUGUGUCAUAGCUCUCUCUUUUGUUAUACAGUAUAGAAUUGUACACUACCAGUUGGCAAUCAAACCAGGCUGUAGACCACUAGACCAGAUCUUAGAACAGUCAUUAAUUAGCAAGGUGGAAUCUAGUUCAAUCAUGUUGACCCAUCAUAGAUGAAGCUCCUGUCUUUCAUCCAAGAGUAGAGGUGAAGUAUGGAGCUAGAGGCUGGGUUUGUACAUCACAUGUCUGAUAUAUGGGCAAAAACAUAUCCAAAUGAAGGAGAUCCUAAGUAUUCUAUAUGUCAGAUGGGUGGGGCAUGGCUCUCUACCCAUUUCUGGGAGCAUUAUACUUAUACAAUGGACAAGUUAACCAGUUUAGUUACUCAACCAUCGUGGACAUAGAGAAGUUUCUCUGCCAUUACUUCUGCUGCUAAAGGUUUUGGACAGAAGUCAGGAUGCAGUGAUAUUGAGAGUUCAGUGAGCUCACAAACGUCUUUAUCCAACCAAAAUCUCCAAUGAUUGUUUUGUAAUGGAAUGGGUCUGAGCAAAAUUACGGACUCGCAAUCGUGACCCAACAAUAUUUUCACUUGUCUCUUAGGUAUUACUGGUAUUAAAACAUGACAAUCAUCAUUUGACAGUUCAGUUGCGAAUUCCUAUGUUAUUUGCAGGCAAAAGAUUUUGAGCACCCAAAGGUAAUUCAUCAGCAUAUCUCACAUCUUUCCUAAGCUUUUGUUUAGGUGAGAGGAGGUAAAAGGAGGGAAGGAAAAAUGAGGAGAGGAUAUCUAGGAAAAGUAAAAUGCAAGAGUAAAUGUUCUGACCUUUUCCUAACUAAAAUACUUACGAGCUGGAACGUUAUUAGUUAUUACUGUGUUUUUUGCUUUUACAAAAAAAAGGAGCUACACGAGCAGUCCCGUACUCUACUUUAGAUAUGAUUGAUGCAUA